CAACACAAAAAUGUGUGGAUAUUUAAAUUGGAUUUUUUUUUUUUUUUUGGAAGAAGGGAUAUUUAAAUUGGAUUAAGGUAAAUGGAGACGGGUAGGUGUCGCGCACAAUAUAACUCUUUUAUCUUUGGGGGAUUUUGAGUUUGAACAUACCGAUUUUACUUUUAAAUGUGCACCUCUCUCUCCUCAAUCACACGUCUAUAUCUCUCCUGCCUCUCCAUCAAACCCCUCUCCAAAAAUCUUCCAAAAUUUUCGUUCAAGCCCAUUUCUCUAGCUCCUUCCAUCGCCAUGGCCGGAGAAUCCGAGAGUUUCGCCACCGCCUUCUCCACGGAUGACGACGCCAAGUACGGCUUCGAGCGCAGCGAGAUGUACCAGACCAACCUCGCCGGUACCGUUGACUACUUCGAGCGCCACGUCUUCCUCUGCUACAAGUCUCACGACUCGUGGCCGGCCAAACUGGAGGUUUCCGACUCCGAUCCGCUACCUAAGCAGUUCGCUUCCGCUCUCAGAGCUCGUAGGAACGAUAUCAAAAUCAAGACUCGUCUGACUAUAUGCGAGGCAGCCCAUGAUAUGAACUUGUGGGAUGGAGAUGUUUUGAUUUUCCCUCAGAUGAUUGUAUACAGGGGUUUGACAGAGUCAGAUGUCGAGAGCUUUGUUGAGGACGUACUAGUGAGUGGAAAACCUUGGCAGUCUGGAGUAGAGCAGGAGUUAAAUGGUUCGUUUGUGUUUGUUUGUGCUCAUAACAACCGAGACAGGAGAUGUGGUGUUUGUGGCCCACCUCUAAUUGAAAAGUUCAAAGAGGAGAUUGGAUCCAAAAAUUUGAGCGACCCAGUCUUUGUGGCUGCUUGCUCACAUAUUGGAGGACACAAGUAUGCAGGAAAUGUGAUAAUCUUUAGUGCCGAUUCUGAUGGAAAAGUUGUUGGCAACUGGUACGGGUAUGUCACACCUAGCGAUGUGCUUGACUUGCUUGAUAAACAAAUUGGGAAGGGAGAAGUCAUUGAGCGGAUCUGGAGGGGGCAGAUGGGUGUCAAAGAAGCUGAAAAGGUUGAGGAACCAAAGGCUGCUAACGGAACAAGCACAAACAACCAUGAGCAACAGCCUCAAGAUAUUGGUACUGGAGAAACAACAACAAAAACGGGAGGCUGUUGCCAAGGUGCUAAUGGGGUCUCGUGCUGCAUGGACGAGAGUGUUGAGAAGAAAACAGACAAGGGAGGUCUGUGUGGCUGGACUGGGAAAUGGGAGCAGCGUCAUGUCCUCACAAGUGUUGCUGUGGUGGGUGCGGUGGCUACUGUCGCCGUGGCAUAUGGUGUGUAUCGUAGAGCAAGAUGAAGGGAGUAUUUUAGCCUAAUAUCGAAUAGGAAGUUGCACGCCCACGAUUUCUAUAGAGAUGCUGAAUGAUUAUAUGAAUAAAUAUCAUAAUACAUGUGAUUACAUUAGCCUCAAAACAUAGUUGUCUGAGAUUGCUGGGUUGAUACCAAUACUGGGUUGCCCAGCCGUAUAGAAUUUGUAUUGCGGUUGGCUAUAUUACCGUCUCCAACCCAUAUAGUUUGUCCUGCUUUUUGCGGAGUGGCGUUAUCGGUUAUAUACGAUGGCUAUGCUUUUGUUUGUUUUUGCUCAAAUUGCUCACUCCCUUGAGAAUUAUACUUGCAUAAGGAUUUUUAUGUUGUUAAA